CUGAGCAAAGUAAAAUGGAAGCACAUAAGAUGGCCAAUGAAGAAGAAGAUGCUACAAUCCAGUAUUUGGAAAAGAAAUUGAAAUUAAACAAGAAGAAAUUACAAGCAGUAUUUAGAAAUGAUGGUUUGGAUGAUUUAUUGGAAUUUUGUGAUUCAGAAAAUAGGGGAACUUUACUCGACAUUGGUGAUGGAGAUAUGUUUAGGGAGGAAAGCGAAUCAGAUGAGGAAAUUACUGAAAUGCCUCCAAAAGUUUUAAAUGCUAAAUCAAAAACAAAGGUGGAACAAAUAAAUGAUGAGCGAGAUGAAGAGCAACAUGAGGAUGAUGAUGAUAAUGAUGUUGAUGAUGAUCAUGAUGAUGAAGAAGAAGAAGAUGAGGAGGAGGAAGAGAAUCGAGAACAUGGUGAUGAAUUUUCAAGCAGUGAGGCAGAUAGUGGUCAGAGAGAAGAUGAGGAUACAGUAAUAGAUUUACCAGAAUCUAAAAAAGAGACAGAAAAAAACACCAUAAAGAGGAAAAAAGUUAUACAUGAUGAAGAGCUCCAUCUUAAAAAAAAGCAAAAGCAAAAAAUAGAAACAGAUGAAGAAUUAGUUGAUGAAGUUAAAUCUGUUUCCAAAUAUGAAAAUGAAAUCAAACAGAAUGUGAAGGAAACAACAAGAAAAAGGAAAAGGAAAGGUCAAGUCAAAUAUGAUAUAUAUGGUCGUCCAAUUGGUGGGAGUAAUGAGGAAACUGGGGUGUAUGUACCGCCACAGCAAAGAGCACGAAUGAUGGGAAAGGAUGAAGAUAGUCAAAAGCUGGACAGACUGAGAAGACAAAUAAAAGGGCUAUUAAACAGAUUGAUUAUACAUUGUGUUCUAAUCUACGACAUUAUCAGGAAGCUGAUAGAAAGAUUUACAGAAGGGGAUAUUGAGUUAUUAUUAUUAUUGCUGAAAAAUGUAGGUUUGACAUUGAGACGAGAUGAUCCACUGUCACUGAAAGAUGUCAUCUUACAGAUACAGAGGAAAGCUGUGGAUGCGAAGGAUAAAUUCAAGGACCAAGCACGAGUGAAAUUUAUGUUGGAUACUAUCGGUGCAUUGAAAAAUAACAAUUUACGAAAAAUACCUAAUUAUGAUCCUUCUCAUCUUGAACAUCUCAAGAAACUUCUCAGAGCUUUCACUAAGGACCACAGUAGUUCAGACUGUCAGCUCAGAAUAUCACUGAGUGAUCUGUUAUCAGCAGAGGAAAAAGGCAGAUGGUGGGUGGUGGGAUCAGCAUGGGUUGGACAGCAGUCAACUGAGCAACAGACAGAAAGUAAGUACAAUAAGCCCACAAUAGAAGUGCAUAACAAGGUCAGUAGUAAAAUCAUGGAUUUGUCGAGAAAGCAGAGAAUGAACACAGAUACUAGAAGAAAUAUAUUCUGUGCCAUUGUAACAAGUGAGGAUUUUGUUGAUGCAUUUGAUAAAUUGCUCCAUCUGAAUUUGAAAGAUCGACAAGAAAGAGAAAUUGUGUAUGUUCUUCUUGAUUGUUGUCUUCAGGAGAAACCUUUCAAUCCUUACUAUGGUUAUCUUGCAUCUAAGUUUUGUCUCUAUGACAGACGAUUUCAGGUCACAUUCCAGUUUGCGUUUUGGGAUAAAUUCAAAGUAAUUGACAAAUUAUCAACAGAGCAAUUGACAAACCUUGCUAAAUUAUUGGUACAUUUAUUGGUGUCCAAAUCACUGGCAUUGUCAGUCCUUAAAGUUAUAGAUUUUGCUGAACUUAACAAACCCAUGAUGGUUUGGUUACGCCAGUCAUUGAUGGAAUUACUUCUUGAGAACCCAAAAGAUGUCAGUAUUGAUGUGUUUGCUCGAAUAGCUCCCUAUCCUAAGCUACAUUCAUUAAGGGAUGGAUUGAGACUGUUCAUGAGACAAUUUUUGCUAAGAAAUCAACAGAAAUCUGCAGAGAGUACCAGGGAACAGUUAAAAUUGAUGGUGCAAAUGGCAGAUGGGGCCCUACAGGGACAUGAUUCAUCUAUGAUGCUUUAAAUUUGAAAAAUAAAAUGUAUAAUAUGGUUUUAUA